AUGCUUAUAGGUGUUACCUCUUCUCACACCAUAUGGCCUAUCACUGGCAUCAACGUAGAUGCUCCUUUACCCAAUCCUAUCCCACGUGCAAAUAAGAUCAAGUAUAAGGCCAACCACUGCACAAGAUCGCCAGCAGCACCCGACAACCCUGCCGCAAGAUGGUGUCGAGCGUGCAUGCAUUUCCUUUCACGUGAUCCGACUGAUGAUGAGGGUGAUGAAGAUUACUUUCCAAUCCAUCCAUCCGUGAACGUAUUGCGGUAUGCGAAGCCUCGUCCGACAACCCAACGUAAUCCGACCGGGAAAAACAACGCCGGGACCGUUGCUGCUGCAGAGCCUAAGCAGCCCCUUUACAUUCCCCAAAAGUCUGCUGGUAGGCCUAACUCGGGAGGCAAUGACGGUGCUGAUGGCAGCGAUAUUAGUCAUGUCAGCCAUGGUAGUGACAGCCAUGAUAGCGAUGGGGAUGACCUGGAGAGCCGGAUUAAGAAAGACUCCAGUAGCUCGAGCCACAGCCUAAACGGACUGCUCUUGAAAAAGGAGCAUGAAACCACGAGAAUCAUCAUUGACUUGACUGAUGAGCCAAGCUGUCCAGAUGCCAACGAUAUCCGACAUCGAUCUUCUUCGACGACAAACACGAGUACCCGGUCGCAUCAGCCCAAAGACGUUGAAUUGUCGUCGAUUGAGGCCGGCGGUAGGACCUCUCCUUGGUCUGGCGCUAUAUACCGUUUCCUAACUUAUGACUCUUCCAUCUCACAAGUCACCCCGUUCGAGUCCAACUCGUUCUUCGGUAUGGAUGAAUGCAGUCGGUUGGAUAAGGUUCUGUCUCGUCUUGAGAACCCGGCUCAAUUUGCUCCAUACUUCGAAUCUAUGGUUUGCGAUGGCUACGAUAUUGUCACUGGUGGUGGUAAUAUUAUUGUCUUCAAGAAACGAUGUACGGAGGAACGGUCCCCAGGUGAAAGUGGCGCCACUAGGUGCAAGCACUGCAGUAAAGAGCUUUCUAUAGUUCUUGCUGGUUUGAUGGGUGAAGUUCCAUGUUUUGAAGAGGAAUUCUUCUCGUUAUCUGAAGAGAACUUCUGA